AUGCACCGCAGCAGCAACCGACGUGAUAUCAGAGGAGGUGGAGUGGCUAUAUAUUGUGCCAGCUAUAUCAAUGUAAGAGAGGACGAUGCGCUUCUGGUUGAGAACUACGAUGCGAUCUGGUGCAGACUUCUUUAUGCCAAUCGAGAAGUUGUGCUCGGAUGUCGCUAUCAUACUGAACCGACAGACGACGAAAACUUUGCUAACUGUCUGUACAAAUUGUCUACUGGAAACAUGGAGAAGAUUGUAGCUGCGGAUUUUAAUCACCAAAGUAUUGAUUGGGAAGCUCUGUCAUGCUCGGGGAGCAUUGCAGAUCAGCGGUUUUUGGAUAUGGUGCAAGAUAACUUUUUGUCACAGCACGUUGUUGACCCAACAAGAGGGCAGCAUGUGUUAGAUUUGCUUAUGUCGUCGGAGCCAGACCUCAUCACGGAAUGUAUCGUGGAAGGGAAUAUUGGAUCUACUGAUCACAACACAGUGAUUUUUUCGGCAGCAAUCAAACAGCGUAACUUGAAUGAGAGAAGUUUCAGCCGCAGAAAUUUUUGGAAGAUGGACGCGGGAAGCCUUCUUUCUGAUUUGAAAGGAUACGACUGGAAUUCUCUCCUUAUUGGGGAUGCAGAACAGCAGUGGAACAUGUUGAUGGGCACUCUUAAUGAUCUUAUCUCAAAGCAUGUACCGUUUGUUGAACGAAGGAAGCGAAAGUACCCAUGGAUUGCAAAACAGGUUUUGCGGGCGUGUAAGGACAAGCGACGUUGCUGGAAGAAUUUGCAGAGCAACAAUUCUGUUGAAAAUGAGUUGAAGUACAUGCAGGCAAAACGAGCAUCGGACCAAUCUGUUGAAUGGUCGAAGAAAGAUUUUGAAAGGAAGCUGGCGAAAGGAAUUAGAGAAGAUAGUAAGUCUUUCUGGAGAUACUUUUCCGCAAAGAAGAAAUGUCCAACGAAGGUUGGCCCUUUGAAAGAGGGUGAUCGUGUAAUUGAGAAGUCUGAAGACUUGGCGGAGCAUCUGAACAGUUACUUCCAAUCUGUAUUCACUCAGGAGCCAAUAGGCCCUGUACCCUAUGCUGAACGACGAACUAAUUUUAAGAUGCCAAAUAUAUCGAUCACUGUUGACAUGGUCCUUGCUCAGCUGCUCAAUUUGAGAGUUGAUAAGGCAGCAGGUCCGGACGGGAUCCCCCCAUUGUUUCUCAAGCUAGCUGCACCAGGGUUAGCUGAACCACUGACUAAGAUAUUUCGAGAAUCGCUGUCAUCCGGAGUUGUGCCGACUGGAUGGAAAGUUGCUAAUGUAUCUGCUUUGUUCAAGAAAGGCAAGAGAAGUGAAGCAGCAAACUACCGUCCCGUAAGUCUUACUUCAGUGAUUUGUAAAUGUUUUGAGCGCAUUGUUCAGCAGAGCGUUAUUGGACAUCUGAAGGAGCAUAACCUCAUUAGCGACACUCAGCAUGGAUUUAUGAAAGGACGAAGUUGCUUGCUUAGUCUUCUGGCAUUUUUCGAAAAUAAGGACGAAUUGUUGGACAAGAGAAUGGCAGUAGAUGUAUUAUAUCUGGAUUUUGCAAAGGCUUUUGACAAAGUUCCACAUAGACGGCUAGUUGAAAAAAUGAGAGCUCACGGGUUAUCGGAGGAAGUGAUCAAGUGGGUGGAAGCAUGGCUGAAAGACCGCAAGCAGAGGGUGGUAAUUGAUCAGUGUUACUCCAGCUGGGAAACUGUGUUCAGUGGAGUCCCGCAAGUUCUCUUGCAGAUCAGUCCUAGAAAGAGAAACGUCGACGGAAGGUACACAUUGGGGCUUGCUGAAAUCGAGAACGUUGAUUCAGAAGUGGAUUUGGGUGUUACUGUAAAUUGCUACGGAAAAAGAGUUGAUCAAUGCUUGAAAGCAGCCAAGAAAGCCAAUGCAGUUUUAGGCAUGAUCAAGAGGACCAUUCAAUGUCGUGACCAAGAAGUUUUAAUCCCACUCUACAAGUCCUUAGUAAGACCACAUCUAGAGUACUGCGGACCAGCAUGGAGACCUCAUUACAAGAAGGACAUCAACACGAUUGAGAAAGUUCAACAGAGAUUUACGAGAAUGGUGCCUGGGCUGCAAGAACUAUCGUACGAGGAGCGGCUGAAAAAGUUGAAGCUAACAAGCAUGUAUGAAAGAUUCUUGAGGAAUGAUCUGAUUUUGGUAUACAAGAUACUGUUUGGACAUAUGGAUGUAAAUCCAGCGACAUUCUUCAAACUGAGUCGUAACACGCAUCUGAGAGGACAUAUUCUAAAACUGGAAGGACGCAAAGUGAACCUGGACAGAACCUCUCACUCGUUUGCAAACAGAGUUAUAAACGCUUGGAAUAGCCUGCCCGAGAAUGUUGUACUUGCACCGACCAUUGAGACAUUCAAGGAGAGUUUGCACAAGCACCUCUGCCUUGAAAACCCCGGUAUAAUGGUUUCCUAA